AUGUCUCAACCAAGUGAAUAUAAUGAAAGUUAUGAUGAUAAUAGUUUUACUAGCACUAAUAGUAAACCUGAUAAAUUAGCUAUUACAAUAUUAACCCAAAAUUGUAAACCAGAUAAUAUGUUGUAUGAUGAUAUUAAAAUUGUUGAUUUAGAUAAUUUAAAUACUAUUUUUGAAAAUGAAAAUUUAGUUGUUGAUUAUGAUAAGAUUUUCAAAACUGAAACAACAAUUAAAGAAUAUAAAAUUAAAGUUAAUGACUUUAUUAAUUGUGAUGAAUUAGUUGAAAAAAUUAAAUGCAGCUUACAUAGGGCAUUAAAUUUUUAUUAG